CGCGCUGCCUGGGGCCGGCCAGCCCCGAGCGGAUCCACUCGCCCCCGCUUUCUCCGGAGAGAUCUCUUUGGGAGCUGACGCUCGAGCCUUCGCGACCCACUCAGAUUCCUCUUGGUCACGGAGUAGCGCUGGGAGGAGGAGGGGGACCGCUUUCUGCAGUUGGCCUCAUUAGCUGCCAAGAAGACCCGUCUUCUUUGUUUUUUAAGUCUCGAGAAAUGGACGAAGACGGUGAAGUCAGUUGAAGUCCGAAGAAAUCAAUCAGGGCGUUUUUGAAGGGGCCUCAUAAAAACAUUUCAUUCCCCAGGCACAUUACUUGUUUCACCAGCCCUGCACCUCCUCGGAGCCUUGUGUGGAAUUCUUCCCUUUUUGGUGUGUGGUGGCAUUCCGCCCCCCCCCCCCCCCAAUGUGGACUCCAAAGGGUUGGUCCCUUCUUUGUAAUUUGAAAUGAAAUGAUGGCCACACGUCGGACUGGUCUACCGGAGGGAGAUGGUGACAAGCUCAAGGCCUGCGGGUCCCCCACCUGUGAGGUAUCAAAAAGUAAAGAUGGAAAAGAACAAAGUGAAACUGUAUCACCGUCCGAAGAUGAAACAUUCUCCUGGCCAGGUCCCAAAACAGUUAUGUUGAAAAGAACAUCUCAAGGCUUUGGUUUUACAUUAAGGCAUUUUAUUGUUUAUCCCCCAGAGUCUGCAAUUCAAUUUUCAUAUAAGGAUGAAGAAAAUGGCAACAGAGGAGGAAAACAAAGAAAUCGCUUGGAACCAAUGGAUACCAUAUUUGUUAAACAGGUUAAAGAAGGAGGACCUGCUUUUGAAGCUGGAUUAUGCACAGGUGAUCGAAUUAUAAAAGUCAAUGGAGAAAGUGUUAUUGGAAAGACCUAUUCCCAAGUAAUUGCUUUAAUUCAGAACAGUGAUACAACAUUGGAACUUAGUGUUAUGCCAAAAGAUGAAGACAUUCUCCAAGUGCUACAGUUUACAAAGGAUGUCACAGCUCUGGCGUAUUCUCAAGAUGCCUACCUGAAAGGCAACGAAGCCUACAGUGGCAAUGCCCGCAAUAUCCCUGAACCUCCACCAAUUUGCUACCCCUGGCUGCCAUCUGCCCCUUCAGCCAUGGCACAGCCAGUUGAAAUAUCUCCUCCAGAUUCAUCAUCGAGCAAACAGCAAACCAGUACCCCAGUCCUGACGCAACCUGGCAGGGCCUAUAGAAUGGAAAUCCAAGUGCCUCCGUCACCAACAGAUGUUGCAAAGUCCAACACGGCAGUGUGUGUUUGCAAUGAAAGUGUAAGGACUGUCAUUGUACCUUCUGAGAAGGUUGUAGAUUUGUUAACUAAUAGAAACAACCAUACAGUUCCUUCACAUAGAACCGAAGAGGUGAGGUAUGGCAUCAACGAGCAGACCUCUUUGAAAACAGUGUCAAGAACCACACCACCAUCAUCCUCGAUUCCCGCUGCCCAUCUAAUUCAUCAGACUGCAGGCUCCAGGUCAUUGGAACCUUCGGGAAUUUUACUUAAAUCUGGCAAUUACAGUGGACAUUCGGAGGGAAUCUCAAGCAGUAGACCGCAGGCUGUGGAUUCGCCUUCUGUAUCUGUUAAUCACUAUUCUCCGAAUUCCCAUCAGCACAUAGACUGGAAAAACUAUAAAACUUACAAAGAGUAUAUUGAUAACAGACGAUUGCACAUAGGUUGUCGGACAAUUCAAGAAAGACUAGAUAGUUUAAGAGCAGCAUCUCAGAGCACAACAGAUUAUAACCAGGUUGUACCAACCCGCCCUACUUUGCAGGUACGACGUCGAAGCACCUCUCACGAUCGAGUGCCCCAGUCUGUUCAGAUCCGGCAGCGCAGUGUGUCCCAGGAGAGACUGGAGGAUUCUGUGUUAACGAAGUAUUGUCCACGAAGUGCAUCUCAAGGAGCACUGACCUCUCCACCUGUUAGUUUUAGCAAUCAUAGAACUCGUUCCUGGGAUUAUAUCGAGGGACAAGGUGAAACCUUAGAAAACGUCAGUUCUGAGAGUCAAAUACCCGAUUCAAAUGGAGAACGAAAGCAGACCUACAAGUGGAGUGGAUUUACUGAACAGGAUGAUAGACGAGGGAUUUAUGAAAGACCUAGGCAGCAAGAAAUUCACAAGUCUUUUCGGGGUUCAAAUUUUACCGUGGCUCCGAGCGUUAAUUCUGAUAAUAGGCGAGUGCCCGGCAGAGGAGUGGGGUCUGUGUCUCAGUUUAAAAAAGUGCCACCAGAGCUAAAAACACUGCAGUCCAGCAGAAACUUUCCAACCACUUGUGGAAUGUCACUGCCUCGAGGUGUUUCGCAAGACAGGUCACCUCUUGUGAAAGUCCGAAGUAAUUCUCUGAAAGCGCCUUCUACACAUGUCACAAAACCAUCAUUUAGCCAGAACUCAUUUGUUUCUGUCAAAGACCAAAGACCAGUAAAUCACUUGCAUCAAAACAGCCUAUUGAAUCAGCAGACAUGGCUAAGAACCGAAAGUGCCCCUGAUCACCAGGUGGAGACUGGGAAACCCCCCACUUUAUCUGGAGCUCCUGUCAAGCCUGGCCCUCAGACAGCUGACAGCUCUGGCGCUUCGGAUUUAGAAUUAUCCGUCACUCAGAGAAAUCACGACUUAAAUCUACGAGAGACUGAAAUUCAGGAGUCAGAUACUUUAGAUAAUAGAGAAACUGUCGUCCUAAGAGAAAAACCUCCAUCCGGUCGCCAGACGCCACAGCCUUUAAGGCAUCAGUCUUACAUCUUGGCCGUAAAUGACCAGGAGACCGGAUCAGACACCACCUGCUGGCUGCCCAAUGAUGCGCGCCGAGAGGUCCAUAUAAAACGGAUGGAGGAACGGAAGGCCUCGAGUACCAGUCCACCUGGGGAUUCCUUGGCAUCCAUCCCCUUUAUAGAUGAACCAACGAGCCCCAGCAUUGAUCAUGACCUUGCACACAUCCCUGCUUCUGCUGUCAUCUCAGCCUCCACCCCCCAGGUGCCCCAGGCACCCUCCAUUGCAAUGGUCCCACCCAGCCUCACCACGUCGGCUCCUUUAAUUCGCCGCCAGCUCUCCCAUGACCAGGAAUCUGUGGGACCUCCCAGCCUGGAUGCCCAGCCCAGCUCGAAGACCGAAAGAUCAAAAUCCUAUGAUGAGGGUCUCGAUGAUUACCGGGAAGAUGGGAAAUUGUCCUUCAAGCACGUCUCUAGCCUGAAAGGAAUCAAGAUCACAGACAGCCAGAAGUCGUCAGAAGACUCUGGGUCCAGGAAAGAUUCUUCCUCAGAGGUUUUCAGCGAUGCUGCCAAGGAAGGGUGGCUCCAUUUCCGACCACUUAUCACUGACAAGGGCAAGCGAGUUGGUGGAAGUAUUCGGCCGUGGAAACAGAUGUACGUUGUGCUUCGAGGCCAUUCGCUUUACUUGUACAAAGACAAAAGAGAACAGAUGACUCCAUCUGAAGAAGAGCAGCCUAUCAGCGUCAAUGCGUGCUUAAUAGACAUCUCUUACAGUGAGACCAAGAGGAAAAAUGUGUUUCGACUUACCACAUCAGACUGUGAAUGCCUAUUUCAGGCUGAAGACAGAGAUGACAUGCUAGCAUGGAUCAAGACCAUACAGGAGAGCAGCAACCUCAACGAAGAGGACACUGGAGUGACUAACAGGGAUCUAAUCAGCCGAAGAAUAAAAGAAUAUAACAGUCUGAUGAGCAAAGCAGAACAGUUGCCAAAAACACCUCGCCAGAGUCUCAGCAUUCGGCAAACUCUGCUUGGUGCUAAAUCAGAGGCAAAGACCCAAAGUCCACACUCUCCCAAGGAAGAGUCAGAAAGGAAACUUCUCAGUAAAGAUGAUACCAGUCCCCCAAAGGACAAAGGCACAUGGAGAAAAGGCAUUCCAAGUAUUAUGAGAAAGACAUUUGAAAAAAAGCCCACUGCUACAGGAACGUUCGGCGUCAGACUGGAUGACUGCCCACCAGCACAUACCAAUCGGUAUAUUCCAUUAAUAGUUGACAUAUGUUGCAAAUUAGUUGAAGAAAGAGGUCUUGAGUAUACAGGUAUUUAUAGAGUUCCUGGAAAUAACGCAGCCAUUUCAAGUAUGCAAGAAGAACUCAACAAGGGGAUGGCUGAUAUUGACAUACAAGAUGAUAAAUGGCGAGAUUUGAAUGUGAUAAGCAGUUUACUAAAAUCCUUCUUCAGAAAACUCCCUGAGCCUCUUUUCACAAAUGAUAAAUAUGCCGACUUUAUUGAGGCCAAUCGUAAAGAAGAUCCUCUAGACCGUCUGAAAACAUUAAAAAGACUAAUUCAUGAUUUGCCCGAACAUCAUUAUGAAACUCUGAAGUUCCUUUCUGCUCAUCUGAAGACAGUGGCAGAAAAUUCAGAAAAAAAUAAGAUGGAACCAAGAAACCUAGCAAUAGUUUUUGGUCCAACUCUUGUGAGAACAUCUGAAGACAACAUGACCCACAUGGUCACUCACAUGCCAGACCAGUACAAGAUCGUAGAGACACUCAUCCAGCAUCAUGACUGGUUUUUCACAGAAGAAGGUGUGGAAGAACCUCUUACAACAGUGCAGGAGGAAAACACAGUAGACUCACAGCCAGUGCCGAACAUAGAUCAUUUACUCACCAACAUUGGAAGGACGGGAGUCUCCCCGGGAGAUGUAUCAGAUUCAGCUACUAGUGACUCAACAAAAUCUAAGGGUUCUUGGGGAUCUGGAAAAGAUCAGUAUAGCAGGGAACUGCUUGUGUCCUCCAUCUUUGCAGCCGCCAGUCGCAAAAGGAAAAAGCCAAAAGAAAAGGCCCAACCCAGCAGCUCAGAGGACGAAUUGGACAAUGUAUUUUUUAAGAAAGAAAACACAGAACAGAGUCACAAUGACAUUAAAGAAGAAUCCACAAAAGAGAGUGAGACGUUGUGCAGAAAACAAAGGAUCACCAUUUCCAAAGAAAACAAUGCCAAGAAGGACCCCGGUGCCCCGAAAGACGAGAAGACCCCGCCCCGAAAGGAGAGCGCCCCGUCGGAAGCGCCCUCCCCGCCGCACAGGGCGAAACACAGGCGGUCACCAACACUGAGCUGUCGCUUCCCUGCGCUGAGAGAGAGCCCUGGGUCGCCCGCGACCCCCAAGUCCUCCCACUUCGAAGAGACCGGCUCCGACUCUGGCACUUUGCUUAGCACUUCCUCGCAGGCGUCCCUGACCAGGUUUUCCACGCAGAAAUGCACCAGUCCAGAGACUGGGCGCGGCGAGUUUUUGGCCGCCGUGAGCACCAUCACGUCGGAUUACUCCACCACCUCGUCCACCGCCUACCCGACCAGCCUGGACGGCAGCCGGCUCAGCCCCGACGUGCGCUCGGUGGCCGAGAGCAGGGGCGACGAGGCGGACGACGAGAGGAGCGAGCUCAUCAGCGAGGGCCGGCCGGUGGAGACGGACAGCGAGACCGACUUCCCCGUGUUCCCCACGGCGCUGACCUCAGACCGGCUCUUCCGAGGGAAGCUGCAAGAAGCCAGGAAGGCGGGCCGCCGCAAUUCGGAGGGCAGCGAGGUCAGCUGCACCGAGGGCAGCCUGACGCCCAGCCUGGACAGCCGGCGACAGCCCUUCAGUUCCCACAAGCUGAUCGAGUGCGACACCCUGUCCAGGAAGAAGUCGGCCCGCUUCAAGUCCGACAGCGGCAGUCUGGGGGACGCCAGGAGCGACCGGGAGACCCCCGCCAUAACCAGGGUGUUCGACGUCAUGAAGAAGGGCAAGUCCACUGGGAGUCUGCUAACGCCCACCAGAAGCGAGGCGGAGAAGCAGGAACCCACUUGGAAAACGAAAAUCGCAGAUCGGUUAAAACUCAGGCCCCGGGCGCCGGCCGACGACAUGUUCGGCGUGGGAACCCAAAAAGCCAGCGGAGAGGCAGCCAAGCGCAAAAACAUCAAACGCCGGCACACACUCGGAGGGCACAGGGACGCGCCCGAAAUCAGCGUUCUGAAUUUCUGGAAGGCGCACGAGCAGGGCGGGCAGAGGGAAGCUGAGCUCUCCGCGGUGAAUCGGCUAAAGCCGAAAUGCUCCGCCCAGGACCUCUCCAUCUCCGACUGGCUUGCCAGGGAGCGCUUACGCACCAGUGCUUCUGACCUCAGCAGAGCAGAAACGGGGGACCCCGCGCCCGAGAACACCGGCACCAUCGAGAGAGCCACGGCCGACGCACCUUGGUCUUCUCAGCCCGCCACGGGCGGUUCUCCCGGUACCUUGGCUCCAGCCACCAGACCCCUUCUUUCCAUACCACCACAGUCACCCGACCAAGUCAACGGAGAAAGCUUCCAGAACAUGAGCCAAAAUGCUAGUUCUGCAGCAUAUAAUGCCCAGCCUCAUAAACUAUCUGAAGCCCGAGGCAAUAAAGCACAGUUUCAUCCCUGUCUUUAAACUGGGGCAUGUCCACUAUAGCAAAUAAAAAGCUACUGUUACACGUUCCAGUAACUCUGUAAAUAUUUUCUUGUACCAGAAUUGUUAUUAUGCAGCCUUCAUUUGGGCUGGUUUCAUCAUUUUGCACUGUGGAAUAGCUUUACAGUGCAUUACUACAGCCAGAAGAACAUAUAUAUAUAUAUUUAAAAAUAUAUUGGAUAGUUGUACACAAAUGAGCAAGGUAUUUGUUGCAACUUACUACACAGUGUAUACCCAAGAUUACUGAAGCAAAUAGCUGGCAUAAGUGUGCAGCAAAUUUGUUCUUUUGGUUUCAUCACUAACAAAAGUGCCUCAUCAUAAACAUCCAUUUGGUUAUUAGGGUGCCAUAUUGUUAAAAUUAGAUAACUUACAUUGAAUAAAUGAAUGCAUUUUAUUGGUAACAAAUUUCAUUACAUUUACCAGUUUUAACACAGGUGGAUACGGAACUUGCAUUCUCUCGUCAUUCCAGGUGGAUCUCUGAGUUUUAUAUUCAAACUUUUAAUACAGUUUUUGAGUUUUGUGUGACUUGAAUUUUUAAUCUUUCUGUAAAAUACGUAACUUAAAUGAACAUAUUAUAUGUGUAUCUUUUCUUCAGAUACCAGAUUUGAUAUAAAUGUUGUAACAUAGGUGUGUAGAUAGUGACCUGGAUGGAACUGGCUUCUUUAUCGAGAAGAAUAUAAUUCUGCAUGAGGACUUAAUGAAUCCAAACCUGUGUCAUGCCUGUGUGCAUACCCAAUUAAACACUGGAAAUAAAAAUUGUUUUGGUGAA